GAGCGGAAGUGGCAUGUUUGUCUCAGGCCAGUGAUAGGGUUACAGCUGUGGCGAUGAACGGCUUCAGCACGGAGGAGGAUAGUCGUGAUGGGCCCCCGGCCCAGGCUGCACCAUUCUUUGGACAGACCUGCUGUCUGAUUGACGGCGGAGAGCGAUGUCCAAGGCCCGCUGGGAACGCGUCGUUCAGUAAGAGAGUGCAGAAGAGCAUCUCACAGAAAAAACUCAAACUGGACAUCGACAAGAGUGUUCGGCACCUUUACAUAUGUGACUUUCACAAAAAUUACAUCCAAAGUGUUCGGAACAAAAGAAAGCGGAAAACCAGUGAUGACGGGGGGGAUUCUCCAGAGCACGAAACAGAUGUCCCAGAGGUGGAUCUGUUCCAGCUGCAAGUGAACACACUGCGCAGAUACAAGAGAUAUUACAAGCUGCAGACUCGUCCUGGACUUAACAAGGCCCAGCUUGCAGAGACCGUGAGCCGGCACUUUCGGAACAUUCCUGUGAAUGAGAAGGAAACACUGGCCUAUUUCAUUUAUAUGGUCAAGAGCAACAGAAGCCGCCUAGACCAGAAAUCGGAAAGCAGCAAGCAACUUGACGCAUAGCUCUGUGGGACUUGCCUUAAGGACCUUAACCCUCAUCAAUGAACUGUAUUGUAAAUAGAAACGGCUGAGGCGUGAGCCAUAUUAUGUGCCAUAGAUAAGAAGGCCUCCAGAGAUAUAAAACAGCUGGAUCAAAGGCGCCCAGGAUUUUCCAGUGACAGCACUGUGCUUUGCAUGUGAUUGGGCGACGGUGUAAUAGUGAUGUCACCGUCACCUAAACAUUUUGAGGUGGAAUCUAGUGGCCCACCAGUAUUCCACCGCUAAACCAGCCUCAGCACAUUGAGAUCAGCAUGUUCAAUUCUCAGCAAUAAGGUGCACUUUACCUUGCCUGUGAUUGCAGCCAUUGCACUGCACAUAUUUACUCUUUUUCAUACUUCAUAUUUUAUCAACGACCCAAACAUUACCCUGCACUUCUCCAUUUGUUCAUCCUAUUGGUGUCAGGGGAAAUCGGCUUAUUCAAGGCAUGCAAUUCAGAGGAAGAUUCUCAGCUAGAGGUUCCAGAUUAUAGCACAUCUAACCCAAUCAAUAGAAGGAUUAAUCUCUACUGCAUCCACAUUAUCAUGAUUAUGGUGCAGAUGUGCCCAAUCAACUUUGAUCUCUCUAGGGCAUGUGUUUGCAACCUGUGGCCUACCAGGUUUGCACAGAACUACAACCUGUUGCAGGUUGCAAUUCUCGGAUUUAGCAUCUUCUUCGAAAAAUCAAAGCCGAGUUUUGGUUGCAGUGUUUUACUACAAUGGAGGCAACGUUCGCAAUAUUGUUACAUGAGUGCGGAUGUAUUGGUUCCUGCUCAUUCUGCUCUGCCAAAUUAAAAGCAGACUUUUUUUUGGUAGAAAAGCUGACUUUUAAGCUAUUCUAUCAAGCUAUAACAGAGUUGCCCUUUUAUAGGCUUAUUUAGAUUAUGUUAUUGGAAUUAUAGUCAUGAGUGUGGCUACUUAACCAAGCUUUCUAAUUUUGGUUCUGUACACUACCACAAUGAAUUUUAAAUAAAACAACUCAGAUGAAGUUGAACUGCAGACUUUCAGCUUUAAUUCAGUGGGUUGAACAAAAGAAUUGCAUAAAAAUGUGAGGAACUAAAGCCUUUUUUUAACACAAUCACUUAAUUUCAGGCGCUCAAAAGAAAUUGGACAAAUUAAAAUACUGAAAAUAAAACGUUCAUUUCUAAUACUUGCUGGCAAUGACAGCCUGUAAUCUUGAACUCAUGGACAUCACCAGAUUCUGGGUUUUCUCCUUUUUAAUGCUCUGCCAGGCCUUUACUGCAGCGGCAUGACUGGAAUCACCUGGGAAACUGACAAUAUCAAAAACAGCCUUUAAAAAAAAGCCUUUAGAGCCUCACAUUUUUAUGCAAUCUUUUUGUUCAACCCACUGAAUUAAAGCUGAAAGUUCAACUGCAUCUGAGUUGUUUCAUUUAAAAUUCAUGCGGUAAUGUACAGAACCAAAAUUAGAAAGAAAAAAAAAAAGUUGUCUCUGUCCAAAGAUUUAUGGGCCCAACUGUAUAUAAACUUAUAUAAUAUCAAACAACAGUGUCUGCACUCUCAGGUCUUAAAAAGUGAAGCUUAUUACAAACCACAAAGCAUCUCCCUUAAAGGGAAAAUAAGUUGCCUUUUCCUUUUAUAGACCGUAAAACAUUCAGACUUCCCUUAUUUUGAUUGAAAAGAAUUGGUAUGUGCUUAUUUGAAAUCCUAGAUCUUAGCGAGAGCUGCGCUGGCAAAAGCUUUCUCGGUGGAUCAACUGACCCCAAAGGAAAGUUCUCAUUGCAAUCGUUUAACAUGUCUGCUUUUAAACAGACAGAGCAGAAAGGAUUUUUUUUUUACUGUACAGCACAUGGAAAAAUACUAAAAGGAGAAUAAUUACAUACUUACCAGCAGGGUAUAUUUUAUUUUUUUCUUUUAAGCUGUAAUAGGUUUAUUUACUCUAGACACUUUAUAGAUAUCCCUUUUAUACAUGCAUAUUUGUUCAACUUGCCAUCAGUAUAUUUGACAUUUUUUACAUCUUUUUUAGUAUUUAUUGUACUAAAAUGUAACCAUUUAAUUAAGUUUUAAUUAAAGCAUCUUUUGUCA